GACAAUCGUCGAAAUGCUAUACGCGAGGUACGGUCGUUUUGAAUCAAGUUCGAACGGUCGAAGCGGUCUUGUCGCGUGAAAAACUGAAAAAGCCGGCAAAACGAUUGUUGUUGAGUGGGAAAACUGAAGCGAAGCAAGUGUGUUGUGAUUGAGAAAAAAGCGGUAGCCAAACGAGCCGUUUAAUGAGCAAACAAGCUGGCCAAUAACCAUUAACCAUCAAGGAAUCGUGAUAACAAAACGGAGACGCAAGACCAGACAGCAAUUUGUUAAAUUUUUUCAAAAACGUCGUGUGUGUUCCUCUCCUGGCAGCAACAAAAUCAAAAACCAGUAAUUUACCAGCAUUUAAAUUGCAUUUAUUUAGGAUUUAUUAAAGUUUUGGAAAAAGAGAAACAGCAAGGUCGUUGGGGUCAAAUGUUGUAAUCAUGCAAGUGACAAAAAAUUUAAAUUCGAGUAAAUAAGAAAUUAAGAAAUAAAGUUUGUAAUAAAAAGGAGACACGGAUAUUUCCCUACAUUCUCUUUUCUAAUUUUAUUUGAGCAUCUUCGCGUCGCGCAACGGUAAAUCUUUCGCCCUACGUGUUCAGUGCGUGUUUGAGUGUGCGUUUUUCGGUUUUGUUUUCAUCUACUCCUUGCCGUUUCUUCUCUCUUUUUCCACCUUCAAUUGCCAUCUCCUAAUUUCUUCUACAAAACAGAAAGAAAUAAAAAAAAACGAAAACCAAAAAUUUUGAAGACCAAAACAUUGAUAAUCUAAAUCAAAAUUACUUUUUACUACUUGACAAAUUUUAUAUAACUUAAGGUGGUUGUCGCACAAAAGGUCAUGGUGCUAAUUAAAUUCAAGGUGAGUUUGUUGUUGUUGAUCUACUGCGCGCGGGCCUUUGGACUAAUUAGUUUUGCUGUUGCUGUUGUUGCGGCUGCUUUGGCUGAUGUUGCAACUGCAAACUGAUAUUGCUGAUGCUGUUGCAGUAGUGGCCGGUGCAACUUUAUUAACCGCUCGAGGUUUCAAUCUGCGGCUGUCAAAUUAAAUGAAAUUUACACUUUACCGUUAAAUUGGCAGAAGCAAUGCAGAGAAGCGGUGGCGCCAAACAAAAUGUGAGGAUAAACCAGCGUUGGAGCCUUCUGGGAUUAUGCUAAAAAUGCUCAAAGUGCGAUAUAAAUUUUUAUGAGUGUACGCGUUGAAUUUUUACGACUGUCUGCGCGGGGGCGGGGCAACAAAGGAAAAUUAAAGAAAAAUGCUCAAGGGUGCUCGAUGGCGACGAUUUAAAACAAUACAAAGAGUAGCUUAAAGUGCGCAAAGUGGAAAUUGCAUGCAACCAGGAGGUGUGGCACUCCCGUCGAACAGCACGUGACGAGCCAAACUAAUAGACGCCAUUUUGUAAGCGGUAAUUGGCAGGGCACACGUAAGCUUCACUCGUCUUACGUAGAGGAAGGAAACCACCCAGAUACCACCCACAAAUCAGCAAGAAAUCAACCCAGAAAACCAUUCACCUCAUCUUUAACCUCAAAUUCCCAUCAUGGCCGUUAGCAAUAUUGUCUGCGAGUGGCUGAGAGCUUUGGGCCUGGCCCAAUAUGCCGAGAGCUUCCUGGACAAUGGCUAUGACGAUUUGGAGAUCUGUAAACAGGUCGGUGAUCCCGAUCUGGACGCCAUUGGCGUCGAGAAUCCUGCCCAUCGACACAAGCUGCUGAAGAGCAUCCGAUCGCUGAGGGAAAAAGGUGCUGCCUCUGUCUACUUUAUGCUCAACGAUCCGAACUCUCUGUCCGGUAGCAUGGAGAUCCUCUGCGAAACACCGCCCAGCAACGAACUGGAGCUCGUCCUGCGGGAGCAACUGGAAACGGACGGAGUACGACUCACGGCGCAUCCAUAUUCGACACCGGAUGGACAACGCGGCCAUUUAGAGGGCCUGGCAUCCGUCUAUUGUGAGUUGCUAAUGGCUCCCUUCGGGGACAUUUUGGCGACGCUCGAGCAGGCACGCCAGGCGGCCUGGGCGGAGCGGAGUCCGUUGCACAGUACCCAGUUAAUGGGCGGCGGAGGAGGUGGGGCUAGCAGUAGCACGGGCAGCGGUAGCGGUGGUGCGGCCAGCGGUGGCAGCGGCGGGAGCAGCGGCAUCCUGCACCACCGCCAGCAGCAUGGCCAUCGGGGCCAUUCAAUGCACGGCGCCGGUCUGCCCAAUAGUCAUAGCCAGCCAAUUUAUGUGCCCGGAAAGUAUUCGCCUUCGAGUUGUUUGUCGGACAAGGAGGAGGACGAAAUCUAUGGCUUUGGCUAUGGCGUUUUUGCACCCCGCGUGGGCAGAGGUGGGUUAACGCAACAGCAACAGCUGCUGCAGCAACAGACACUGCAGACGCAGCAGAGCAUACAGCAGCAGCAGCUGCAACAGCAACAGCAGCAGCAACAACAGUUACCAAUUGUGCCAGGCCAGCAGCAGCAACCGGGAAAUGGUUCCCAUCAGCAUCAGACUCUGCCACCGAAUGUCGCCCAUUUGAACUUUGUGCAGCAAAACUGCCUGAGUCCACGUUCUGCUUAUUUCUAUGAAUUUCCACCGACAGCUGCAGAGGGUCGCGAAACAAAGAAACGCACCACACUGGCCCGAUUGCUGAAAGGCUUGAAGACUGUCAAUCGACGGGAUCGGAACAAUCAACAAAAUGCUGCCCAGGCCAGGGCGGCCAACGAUCGUCUGAGGCACUUUCAAAUGAUAAACGGCGGCGCCGGUGGACAGCAGCACAGCUUCGAGGAGACAAUCCACAGGUUGAAAGUACAAGAGGCCAUGCGGAAAAAGGAAAAAUUUCAACGUGAACACGAGGAGAUCCUGCGUGACAUUCGACAGGGUUUGUUGCAAAUGAGUCGCGGCGAAGGACGCAUGGACGAUACGUACAUGUACGACGAGGCGCUGAGGACGGGUGCCGGCAUGGGCAUCGCCGGACUGGGCAUGCCCAUCGGAAUGGCCGGAAACGGUGGAGGAGGCGGAGGAGCGGCCCAUUAUGCGGUGAGUGCGCUGCAUCAUCAAGGUCAUUGGUACGACGAGCCGCCCUACGAGAGUGAUCCCGAUGACUUUCUCAUGGCCGGGCUCAACUGCGGACCAGCUGCCACUAUUCAGGGUGGCCGUGUUCGGUUCUCGAACAACCGCGAGAGCACGGGCGUAAUUUCAUUAAGAUCCGCCGGAGAUAUUUCAUUGCCGCAACGUGGACCGCCGCGUAGAGGUCUUAUCGUGCCGCAGCAGCCGCCAAAUCCACCGACAAUAAUACCCUUAACGCACGCCAGAUCUCAUGACCGGGAAAGCGGCGACUAUGCGGGCUCCAUCUCAGACCUACAAAGCGUUACCUCCAGGCUCAGUGCAGUGUCGAUUGGCACCAACAACUGCACGGCCCGCUAUAGAACCCUAAGCGGCGGAAUCGGGGAAUCACCAUCGCUGUCGCCCAGUCCAUCGUCGGAUUACGAGGACAUCGGAGUGACCAGGGGCCAUGGUUGCCUGCCACCCAGCCUGCUGGCCGCGAAGGCCAAAAAGAACGGAAUGCCCCAUGGCAAGGCGAACACCAUUUGCCAAAAGGCCACGGUGCAUCAUUCGGGCGAGAUGCGUAGCUCGGCAAAGGAAAUUGGCGCAUUUAAUGAGAAUGGACGAAACUUUGUUGCCACAAAGGAUACGUCGAGGGAUUUCAGCAAUUCCCAAGAUAAUACCGACCGUGGCAGCAUGAGCGAUCAGGCGUUCGCCUGUUCGGCCAGCUCCGUGGAAAGUUUGCCCAGCGCUUCCGGUUCAAGCACCCAGGCUUUGGUUCGUCCUGGCAGUCCGCACAGCUCGAUUUCAGCCGAGGAUCGCACCUCGAUGGCCAGCUGCAUCUGCAAGGCCAAGGCACUUGUGGAUAGUUUGCCCAAUCCCUACGACAAGGAGGCGCUCAAAUUCAAGAAGGGCGAGCUUAUCGAUGUCCUGUCGAUGAAUGCCUCUGGCAUAUGGAAAGGACGAUGCCAUGGCCGUGUGGGCCACUUCAAGUUCAUCAAUGUAGAGGUUCUGCCAGAGCAGCGAAUGAAGAACUCCAAUAGCAAGACCCUUGCGACCGGCUCCCGGAUGGCCAAUCCCGGCAAUGGCAGUCACAAUGGUGGACCCUGUUCCGUGGAGGAUCUGCUGAUCCGCAUUGGACUCAAGGAGUACACAUCCGUGUUCGUGCUCAACGGCUACGAGGACCUGGAACUGUUCAAGGAACUGGAACCCGCCGACCUGGACUACCUGGGCAUACUCAACCAGGAGCAUCGUGCCAAGCUGCUGACGGCUGUGCAACUACUGCAUGACAUUGAAUCUACAAAUUUCGCCCGCACAGGCUCAGAUGUGGAUAUAGCCGGUUCCAGCUCGGAGAAUGAUGAAGCCCGCCUGAACAACAUCAACAUUAAGCAUGGAGCUUCACCCUUUGGCCGACGGCAUUUUCCCCGCGACUCUGGAUGCUAUGAAGGAUCUCCGCUGCCAAGUUCACAGACACCAACGCAGGCGGUAAACUCGACGGACGAGUCGAACAGCCUGGACGAUGUGGUGACCAAGUGUUCGAGUGAGAUAAUGAAGCGGGUGGAGAGCGCCCGUCGUUGCAAGGAUAAUCCCUUUAAGACCACGCUGCCUGGUGGAGGACGUCUCGGCAAGAAGUCCUUUCUCGGCGGCAACGGCCUUAUGGCGGACGAUACGCUCACGCGUGGAGGGCUUAGCGAGAAGUCGAGCGAUUCGGGGGUCAGCAGCAGUUCGCUAUCGUCGGGUCCGCUGAAGAGCAGCACUUAACAUUUGCCCACCAUACUGGCCCACGAGCUGCUGCUGGGCGUGGGCUCGGGCAUGGGUAUGGGUCUUGGCCUGGGUCAUGGCCAUGGCACCACCGGUACCCUGACGCCCCACGGUACCCUGGCUACAGCCACCUCGCCGACUGCCCAUUCGGCGCCGUUGGGAAAUAUCUGCAAUACGCUGCCACAUGCACCGAGCUCUAUGGCCAGCAAUCUGCCAUUGAACCGGAAUCUGGUGAUGCUACGAAAUCAUCUGCGCAAGAAUACGAGCGGCGCCGGAAAUGGUAGUGCAGGAGGAGCAUCCGGUGCUGGAGUGCAGCUGCUGCAGGAUCAUGACGACAGACUGGAGGAUCAAUAACCCAUUUACUACAUCAAAUUCUUAGUUUAGUCUCCCGUUGAGUUAAGUGUAUUUCAAUUGCUGUGAUUCGAUAGUGAAAACAAAAGGCCAACACGCGUCUUUCAGUUCAAAUGUAUAGUAUGUAUAGAGAGAGAUAGACAGGCAGUUAGGGAAAGAGAAAGAGAGUAGAGAAAGAGGGAAAGAUAGCGAGAUAGUCAGAGUCAGUCAAUCCUUCCUCCGAUAAUGUUGGCAUUUACACAAAAUAUUUAACACUUAUACAUAUACAUAUAUAUAUAUAUACAUAUAUAAAUACAGACUUUACAGACUUAUAUACAUACACAUCUGGAGAAAAUGAGAAAUUUUAUAUACUUAGUAACUACUUAAGUAACUUAAAAUGUUUUAACUAUUUUUAGUUAGCCUCAAGCUAUGUACGGAAGGAGGAGACUUGUUUGAUUUGCCAUUUAAUGUUUGUUUUCUGUUCAAUUGCUUUGUGUAUGCAUAUUUCUCAACGUGAUAUUGUGAAACGUCCAACUUGAAUUGCAUUUUACAUAUAGAUUCAUUUCCAACGUUUUAAUAACAGACACACACACACACAUACAUAGAAGUUGAUUCCUAUUUUAAGGCACACUUAUCUGGGUGCAAGCAAUAGACCAAUUCAAUUUUAAUAACUUAAAACGAAACAAAAAUAUUAAUAUUUAUACAAACAUAAGAAGAACAGAACACCAACUGCCAUUCGAAACUAAUUUUAGUUUGUUAAACUCGUAUAAGGACAAUGUAAAGGGAAAUCCGUCAGAAACUUGUAAAAAUCAAUGCCGAAAAUUGCCAAAAUCGAGCAGACAAAAGUAAUGUACGCUAAGCAAUAUUUUCAAAAUCAUAGCGAGACGUGUCCGAGAUCGUGUUUGUGUAUAUAUAUAGGAUUACGAUCCAGUUAAGAUUUAUUAUGCCACUUAUAGAAUACAUCAAGAAACGUAUCCACUAUGAGCGAUUUAGCGAUAAUCAAAAGCAGACAAUGAAAUUAGUCAGGCAGCGCAAAUGUUUUUAAUCAGUUUCCAGCAAAUUAGUUAAAUAAAUGAACAAAAUAUUUAUCACGGCACAACAACAACAGCAACAACUACGAAUAAAAUAUAUAUAUUUAAAUUAAAACUGAUUAAAAUACAUAUAAAUAGCUUAACCUAGCAUAGAGCAUACGAUUCUAAUUCUAAUAUAGCAAUUGACUAAAUGUAAAUGAGUUUAUUCGGCGAACGCUUUGACUUCUACUCAGAACGUAAAAUUAAACCUGAACAUAUUUUGUGAACAUAAGAUAUCGAUAUUCGUAUUGUAACUCAAUUAACUCUAAUCGCAAAUAAUUUAAAUCAAAUUUAAAAAACAAACAAACAAAUUGCACGUGUUACAGCCAGACGAAGAUAAGGUUAAAGACAGAUAUAUGAGAGUGGAGUAUGUGGAUUACUGGAUUAUAGGCAUUUUUUAAAUUUAACUAUCCAAAUUAUAUUUAAGUGUUUCAACUGUAAAUUGUAACAAAGUCAACAAAAGAAUAUUUAUAUAUAUUUAGAGACGACGUCGAAACGAACGACGAGAAGCGAACACAGAUCAAACACAUCCACACAGCAUGUGCUAGCAUUUUCUAAUUAUCACUGUAAAAUGAUGUAAUUUAAAGACAGAAUAUAUAAGCAAUAUUAAAGUUUAGCUUAACAAGGAGCCACAAAAUUGAUCAUUAAGUCAACUCAACACAUUACAAUUGCAAAACAAAACAAAAACCAUUCAAAUUCCAAUACACAAAGUAAAGAAAAACGAGAGCGCAAACUAAAGUAAUCAGAGUUCAGUAAAUUUUAGAAGAAAUUUUCAAAAACGAAAAACCAAAACGAAGUGGAAAACGAUGGUUCAUGCUUAUGCAUAAAUCAAAGUAAAAUUCUUUAAAUAAAAGUGAACAUAUCUAAAAAGUA